UUCUGACCUGCCGCGACCCGGAAGCGUUCGGCCAGUGGCGCCGGAAGUUCCUUCGAAGUCGUAAAGCUAUAAGGUGUAUCUUCCGGAAGCGGAAAUUAUGAGGCGGAGCACCAAAACGGAGGAAAGGCUUUUGCUGCUGUCGAGAUGCAGAGGGAAGAGAAGCAGCUGGAAGCAUCAGUGGAUGCACUGCUGAGUCAAGUAGCAGAUCUGAAAAGCUCCUUGGGAAGUUUUAUUUGCAAGCUGGAGAACGAGUAUGACCGGCUCACCUGGCCCUCAGUCUUGGACAGCUUUGCUCUACUCUCUGGACAGCUGAAUACCCUCAACAAAGUCCUCAAGCAUGAGAAGACCCCAUUGCUCCGAAAUCAGGUCAUCAUUCCAUUGGUACUGUCCCCGGAUCGUGAUGAGGAGCUCACGCGGCAGACAGAGGGACGAGUUCCCGUCUUCAGUCAUGAGGUGGUUCCUGAUCACCUGAGAACCAAACCAGACCCGGAAGUGGAAGAACAAGAGAAGCAGCUGACCGCAGAUGCUGCUCGAAUUGGCACUGACGCAGCCCAGAAGCAAAUUCAGACUUUGAAUAAAAUGUGCUCCAAUCUACUGGAGAAAAUCAGCAAAGAGGAGCGGGAAUCAGAAAGUGGAGGUCUCCGUCAGAACAAGCAGACCUUUAACCCCACAGACACCAACGCCCUGGUGGCUGCAGUUGCCUUUGGCAAGGGUCUAUCCAACUGGAGGCCUCCAGGCAGCAGUGGACCUGGCCAACCAGGCCAACCUGGGGCAGGGGCCCUCCUGGCUGGAACGUCGGGCAUGCAGCAAGUUCAGAUGACAGGGACACCCAGUCAGCAACAGAGCACUCUGCUCAGCGGGGUUCAGAUGGCGCAAACUGGCCAGCCAGGUAAGAUGCCAAGCGGCAUAAAAACCAACAUCAAGUCAGCUUCGAUGCACCCCUACCAACGCUCAGAUGGAAAGAGGAGCAGAAAUCUUUCCAGAGAUAAGAUCUAUGCAGGAGAACAUGUACACAAUAACAGCAAUAUUGUACAAUGAUCAACUGUGAAACCUUGACUGCUCUCAGCAAUGCAAUGAUCUGGGAUAAUCCUGAAAGACUUAUGAUGGGGGAUGCUAUCCACCUCCAGAGAGAGAACUGUUGGAGUCAGAUGGAUGAAGAACAAAGCAUACUGUCUUUCACAUCAGUGUAUUUAUGCUUUUAUUUGGGGGGGUUGGUUCUGUAUGAGUUUUCUCUUACAACAGUGAUAUGAUGGAAGUGCAUUUUGUAUGAUAAUAAAAAUAAAAUUAAAAAAAAAGAUAAGGUACAUGCAAAUUCAGUAUUCUAGGAGCUUGAAAGUCCCUAAUGCUUAUCUGUGCAAACCCUGGGAGUCCUUGAAGUCUAUGUAAGCUCUUGUUGCCUCUCUCUUCCCAUCACCUUGAAGUAUUUUCUACGUGCCUAUAGACAUACCUGUUCACUCUGGCUAGACUGUGAACUCCUUCGGGGCAGAGUUUGCUUCAGAUUUUGUUUUGGUGUCCCCACCAUCAAGCACAGUUACUAGAAAAUAGUCACUUAAUGUUUGUUGAUCAGUUCAUCGAGGUGGAUCCCCAGGUACCAAGAAGACCUUAGGCACCUGUUAUAUGCCCAAGGGUAAUUUUUCCUCUUCCCAAGAAUGUCAUGGUAAUGUGUAGCAUGAGUUAAGUUUUACCAGUCAACUGGGGGGUGGGGCAUAUGUCCUGGGUGGGCACUUUUAUUAGCCAGUGUCUCAUUUGGACUGCUGGAACCCUCUCGACCUGUUUAAGGCACAACCUGUUGAACAGGAUCCAAGAGAUGGAAUGCAUUGUUAUAUUUUUAUUGGUGCUACCUAUUAUAAACUGAAACAAGUGUUGCCCCCCACUUUAAGAAUUUCUUGUCCAGGGCAGCUGGGCGCCUCAGUGGAUUGAGAGCCAGGCCUGGAGAUAUAAGAUCCUGGGUUCAAAUGUGGCCUUCAACACUUCCUAGCUGUAUGACUGAGCAAAUCACUUAAUGUCCAUUGCCUAGCCCUUACCUCUCUUCUGCUCUGGAACCAAUAUAUAGUAUCAAUUUGAAGACAAAAGGUAACGGUUUAAAAAAUCAUUUCUUUUCCUAAUGUAAACCUUAAAAUUUCUUAGACUUAUAAAUGUUGGAAAUUUCACCAUUGGGAAAUUUCAUACUUGAAAAAUUUCCUAUUGAUAGUGGGAAGUCUAUUGGAAUGUGAACCCCAUUGACAUAGGAGGUUCCUCCUCCUCCCUUCUUAAGAUUACUUUAGGACAGAAACCUUUUGCUGAACAAUGGAAAGGGCUUUGACCUAUGCUUAAGCAUAGAACAGGAAUUUCUUUGAGUCAUGAUUGAUUUUAGAAUUGAUACAAUAGAGAUACUUGGAAUGACAGAACCAGGUCUUAGAAAAUACAAUUUCCACCCCACUCAGUCCUAACAGGAUUUAGGAAGGGCUGCAGCAAAGGAUCAAGAUUUAAUUAUUUGAGAAUAUGACCUUCAACAGACAUGUGCAAAGCCACAGACCUCUGGGCAGUCCUGGGUUAAGCUAGAGCCACCAUUGGCACAGGGAAGACAUGGACAGUGAUUGGUAGAUGUGAGAACUGAGGGGAGGGAACUUGGAUGGUUUCCUAAAAGAUAGAGGGGUCUGAGGACUGAGGGUGGUUGGUUGGAGAGGUUUUUGCUCUGAGAGGUGGUGCUUUGAGGGUUGGCUCUGAAGGAAGCUGGAGGUGGAGGUCCCUGAGACUGUUUCUCCAUUUUGGUCACAUGAGUAAUAGGGACUGAUCUCCUUUCUUUGCCUCAGCUAUCUAAGGGCUUGGGCCUUUUGGCCCAGCCUAACAGAAGGGGUAUUUAAGCCCUAUUCCCUUCUCUCCCCUUUCUCUCUCCCUCUCUCUCUCUAUCUCUAAUUCCUUUCUUCCUCCUGUUUGUAAUUAAACUCUAUAAAAGGUUGACUGCUGACUUGAGUUUUCAUUUAGGAAUUACAUAGCUGAAUUCCUUGGCGACCUUAAAUUAAUAUAUAUCAGUCUUUUAAAGUGAUUUCCUUGUCACACUAAGUAGAAGAAACUAUGAUAUUUUCUGGCUUAUUAUCAAUCUUUUUUAUUUCUCAUUAAGUUCUUUCUUUGAAGCCAAGUCACUCAAAGCCUCAUAAAUUUGCAUGUCAGAAAUGCAACAGAUGCUUUUUAUACCUGGAACUUCACUCUUAAGAUAACAGAGGCUUCUGUCAAGGUCAUUCUUAGGAUAUUCAUGAGUUUCCAAGCUGAGCAAACUGGCCAUCCUAAGACAACUAUCACCCUCUCCCUGCCAGAUUACUAGCCAUAUGUCAUCCUGAGCUUAAGGUUUUCCCCCAUCCUGAUUGCCUUCAUCUGGACAUUAUUCGGUUUAUCAAAGCCCUCCCCAAACUAUAAGUAGGGCAAAGAACACUCCUCUUUUCCUAAAAGCCAUGCUUCUCUUAAUGCAACACAGUUUUUGUGGCUACUAUAUUUCUUUUAAACCAUUCAGUAAUCUCCUAUUGUACUUCCAUGCUCUCAUGAGAUUCCAAAGGCUCUCCUCCCUCCUCAGGUAUUGAUUAAUUUUCCUUUGUCUUACAAUGCUUGGUUGAGGAUGCCCGACCUCUACAAGAUCUAGUGGCCAUAUUCCCUUCUCCAAAUCCCUUUCCUGUUGUUUUAUCUAUUUGUGCUCAAGGGUUUUAUAUGAGUUUAGUUUCUGCUGAGGGCUGUGGUAAUUUCUAUCUUUUUCUCCUUAUUUUCCUACUGGUGGCUUUUUAGCACGCACACACACACAUACACACACUUUUUCUAAACCCUUACUUUCCAGUGCCCUGGUUCUAAGGCUAGGCAAUGGGGAUUAAAUGACUUGCCUAAGGUUACACAGCUAGGAAGUGUCUAAACCAGACUUGAACCUAGGAUGUUCCAUCUCUGAGCCAGGCUGUUAAUCCACUGAACCACCCAGCUGUCCCUCUCCCUCUCUUUUGAUGUCAGGUUCCCUGGAGGGCUGGACCUCAAACUUGCCUCCCACUUUGAGUAAUUCUGCUUCAUCAGUUUCAGUCUGCCUCAUGUGACUUUGGGGGGAACAAAACUGGUCACGGCUAGAUUCUGGUCUCUUUGCUUCUACCUUGAGAGUGCCACACAGCAGAGGUGCACACAUGUCCUUCCCCAUCCCUCUGCUCCUCUGCCUUUGGACAGAAUCUUGCCAUGAUGUUGGGAAUCUUUGAGCAGCAAUGGUAGAGAGGGAAUGUUGGAGUGGCAGAAUUGAACUCUGAGCUGGACUUGGAAUCAUGAAGUCUUAUCUUCCUGAGUUCACAUCUAGUCUCAGAUACUUUCUAGUUAUGUGACCCUGGGCAAGUCAUUUUGCCUUGUUUGCCUCAGUUUCUUCCUUUGUAAAAUAAGCCAGAGAAGGCAAUGGCUGUAAGAGUUAAAAAUUUGGGGGAAACUGAGGCAGGUAGAAAUUUGUUUCUCUCUGCAAGGAGUAUUAUAUUUUUAGAGGUUUAUUAAAGGUUAAGGAUUAAAGAAAAUACAGAAUAAGAAAGCACGUGUCUAGGCCCAGAGAGGCCUAGACAACCUCACCUACAUUAUGAAACGAGAUGCGUCUGCUUGGAAGUGGCAACAGGAAAGAGAAGAGACCCCACUGUGGGCAGAGACUCUUUAAAUAAUAAUUUGCUCUCAGCCCAGGUGAGAAUUCAGUGAGAUUACAAAGCAUUCUGGGGAAAUGGAGCAAGGACUUCUAGGGAUUGAAGUCCUGGAUUCAAGUCUCCAUUUUUAUAUGGCCAACCACUCAAGUAUCUCUGCCAAGAAAACAUCAGAAGGAGUCAGGAAGAGUCGGACACAAUUGAACAAGAACCAUGAUGUCUUCCCCAUCCUGAACUUUUUUGAGCCAAAAUAUUGGCUUGACAUAUUCCUAUUGAAUUUCAUUUUACUAGAUUCAGUCCAGUGCUCUCUCUAGCUUAUCGUGAUUCUUUUGGAUCCUGACCUUAUUGCUCAUCUCUCAUAACAUGGUAUCAUCUGCAGUUUUGAUGAUCCUGCAAACCUAAGAUAAAAAUGUUCCCAAGUAACAGAGAACCAAGCAGAGAUCCCUGGGGCACACCACUGGAGACCUCCACCCACCAAUGAACAAUUAACAGUUAAUUAACAGGGUCAGCUUAGUGGAUAGAGUUCCAAGCCUGGAGAUGGGAGGUCCCAGCCUCAAACACUUCCUAACUGUAUGAACUUGGACAAGUCACAUAACCCCUAUUGCCUAGCCCUCAUCAUUCUUCUGCCUUGUAAAUGAUACUCAGUAUUGAUUCUAAGACAGAAGGUAAGGAUUUAACAACAAAAAAAACCUAGUUAAUUAACAAUCCAGCUAGUUUGAAAUUUAUCUGAUUAUACUAUUGUUUCCUCUCAUUUUUCAAAUGCUUUGCUAAAAUCAACGUAAACUCUACUCACAACAUUCUCCUCAUGAGGUAUUGGCAUAAUCCCAAAGGAAAGGAAUUGAGUCUGGCAGGACCUGUUCUGGAUGAAGCCAGGUUGGCCCUUUAGGAUCCUGACCUCCCUUUCUAGAAGUUUGCCAAUAGCUACAUCACAUAAUGAUCUGUUCCACAAUUUUCCCAGAAAUUCAACUCAAACUCGCUGACCUCCAGUUUGCAGACUCUUCUCUUCCCUUUUUUAAAAAUUGAGACCACUUUUCCCCCUCUGUGACUUGGUGGCACCACUUCUCCCAAUGUCCACAAUCCCUCAGAUAGCACUGGCAGUGGCUCAGCAGUCAAAGCUGUCAUUUCUCUGCCAGGUGGCAGAACUCUGUGCUCCCUAUCUCCUUAGUUAUCAUGGGUAUCACUCAUGAUUGUUCUGUCAUUUCCUUUUUUAUGAUAAAAGGGAAAUUUUUUUUAAUUUAAUAAGAGAACAAGUUAUAUUUCUAUCCUUUCCCUUUUUGACAAGAUUACUAAAUGGAAUACCAGUGUUGCAAAGCAUUUGAUAGAUCUUUUAGGCUGUUAUUGUAGAAAAGGUAUAGAGAUAUGAGUUGGGCAAUUGUACAGUUAGAUGUACACCUGGCCAAAUGGCUGGACCCAAAGAGUGAUAUGACGUGAUAUGAACUUGGAAAAAGGUCGCCAGUAGAGUAUUUCAGGGGAUUGUGGUUGGCCCUGUCCUACUGAACAUUUCUAUCAACUUCUUGGAUAAAGGCAAAGGUGACUUGGAUGUCAAAUUUACAGAUGACACAAGGCCAAGAAGUUUAGCCAAGAUACUGAAUGAGAGAAUUAAGAUUCCAAAAAAUCUUGACAGGCUCAAACAUUGGGCUGAAUUGAAUGAGAUAAAAUUUGAUCAGAAUAAAUAUGGAUUCCAUUUGAUAUAUUGGUUCAAAAAUCAGUGGCACAGCUAUAAACUAAUAACUAGGCAGUGGGUAUAGGUGUUUUAGUAGACUGCAAAUUCAAUAUCAGUCAAUUAUGUGAUGACAGCCAAGAAAACUAGUUUGAUUUCAGACUGCAUUUAAAAGGAGUGGCUCAGGGGAUUGAGAACCAAGCCUAGACAGGAGGUCUUCUACAGCCUAGAGCCAGAGGAGAGAUUCUGAGCUCAAAUUCAGGCCUUUAAAAAAAUAUUUGUUUAUUCUUAGUAACCACAGACAAAAAAAAAGUAAACGCAUAAAAAAUUGUGUGUACAACCACAAAUCCAAAUUGCUUAUAAUUUGUUUUAAAAUAUCUAAAUCAUAUGACUAUGAUAAUAUUAACAUCUGCUUUUGGAUUUGUUUUACUUGGAUACUUUUUUCUCUUGAUUUUUGUGGCUACAUUAAAAAAUAUAAGCAUAUGUAUUAUUCUUAUUCUCUUUUCUUUUUAUGUAUUUUCCUUAUUUUCUUUAUAUUUCCAAUAUUUGUCAUUUCUAAUAAUAUAAUACCACACAAUAUGAAUAUCUCAUUAAAAAACAACUGAUACAGAAAAUAGAUCUAGGGGAGACAAUCUAAGAAUUAUUGAACUGACUGAAAGUUUAAGAAAAAAAAGCCUAGCCAUCAUGUUACAAGAAAUUAUCAAAGAAAACUGCCCUGAUACUCUUGAAUAAGAUAGUAAAUAGAACAUAAAAGAUUACCUCGUACAAUAAAUCCCCAAAUGACAUUUCCCAGGAUUAUUACAGCCAAACUCAAGAGAUCUCAGGUCAAGGAGAAAAUAUUGCAAGCAGAAAGAAACAAUUCAAAUAUCAUAGAGCCCGAGUCAGGAUUACACACGAUCUGGAAGCUUCUACAUUGAAGGAUCAGAAAUCUUAGAAUAUGAUAUUCCUGAAAGCAAUGGAACUGGGUUUGCAACCAAGAAUGACCUACCCAUCAAAACUGACUGUAUUCUUUAAGGGGGGGAAGGGGGUUGGUGGGGAAUGGUCAUUUAAUAAAAUAGAUGAUAUCCAAGCAUUCCUGAUUUUAAAAAAAGACCAGACAUAAAAAGACAAUUUGAUGUCCAAAUACAAAAUUCAAGAAGCAUAAAAAGGUAAAUAAGACAGAGAAAAUUUAAGGGACUCAAUAAGGUAAAAUUGUUUAUAUUCACACACAGAAAGAUAUUUGUAACUCUUAAAAUUAUCAUUAUUAUAGUAGUUAGAAGUAUAUGUAGUCAGAAAGGGUGGUAGUAAGCUAUUUAGGAUGAUCAAAAAAAUCAAGAGGUAAAAAGAAGAUUGCACUGAGAAAAAUUGGAAGAGAAAGGUAAAAUGGGAUAAAUUAUAUCAAAUAAAGAGGCACAAGGAAAAAAAACCUAUUACAGUGGAGGUGUGCUAAAACUGGAGAUAUUUCAUUACAUCUACCAGAGGAGUCUCUGAGAGCCUUUCCAUUGCUUUCCUUAGAUUCAGUAAGUACAGAGGGUGACUUAAGUUCAGUUUAUCCAAUACCUGAGGAUAUCCCUAAGGAUCUUUGGUCAAAAGUUUCUACAGAUGUGGGUUUAUUGAAAUCAGCUACUCCAGUCAGAGUGAGGACUAAGGAAGGACCAGUUCCUUGUGUACCUCAAUAUCCCUUGACUAAAGAAGCAAUUGAGGGAAUAAGACCAAUUAUAGAAUCUCUAAUCCAACAAUGGAUCUGUGAAUUUUAGAUUUACUCUACCCUGCUUAGUAUUAUAAAGAAUGUUGUAUAUAAAGCAGGAAAUCAAAGAGCUUCUGUGCAUGCAUAAUAAUUGAACACUUCUAUUGAAUAAUUGAAUACUUCUAUCAGAAGAAUCUAGAUUUCUUGGUGAUGUUCUAGAUCCAAAUAAGUUUUACUUUGUUUAAAAAUAUCUUUGCCAAAGUUGAAAGAUUUGCUACAUCUGUAAAAAUUGUGACAAAUAUCCAUCAGUUCAUAGAUUUUUUUUGUCAUACAGCAACUUAUAUGAAAUAUGAUAGUGGGUUUGUUUGUUAGUAUAAUUAACUGAGCUAUUGUGAAUUUUGGGGACUUUGGUACUUCUUUGAAUGUGCAUUAUCUACUGUAUUACUGUUUUAGUCUAAAAAUCAUUUGUACUUACACAGUGGUUAAGUUAAAAAAGAAAUUAAUCUCAUGGGGGGGUGAAAAACCUUUGUAUUCUACCUUUCCUUAGCUUACACAGAGUGUCAAUGAUUAUAAGCUAUAUAUUUUUUAAUUUUAAAACUCUUUUAUUAUUGUUUUUGCUUGCAUGUGCAAUAUACUAUUGUAGUUUUAUUUUUCCUCUCCUUUUUGUAUUUGAAGCAUAUGGCAACAGUAUUGAGAAGAUUUUUCUUUAACUUUUUUUGAAUUUGCAGUAAUAUGUUUGAAAUAUAUUUGCUAUAAUAUGAAUGCAUACCCAAAAGCUUUAGACUAUGAAAACCUGCCAUUUAUUCAAAAUAAUUAUGGGACUUUGCUUAAUGAUUCUGUCUGAUUCCAGGACAAGAGAAUAUAAAAGGAGCCAUUGAAUAGUGCCAAAGAAGCACAAAGCCAAACUACAUAGUGCCAAUUGAGCACAAAAUCAAAGAGACUAACCAAUCCCAAUGGGAUUGAUGAAAUUUUGAGCCAAGACAAGAGGACUUGAACUUGUUUGGGGUUUGAGGUUGCGGCUGUUUUGACAUAUGUCAAAUAUGUCAAAAAAUUGUCCCACAUUCUACCAAGUAUCUUAAAUUUGGUUCCUACCUGGCUCCUAUAAUCUAGUCCCUAUUCUGUCUUUCAUAGUGUGGCAAAUUCCUGUAGUCUUGGCUGCAAAUGGGUAAGUAAAAUAGUACUGCAUUUUGUCCUACAGACUUGUGAGAUAGAAAUUACUUUAAUUGGACCAUAAUAUAAGGGCCUGUAAUGAAUUUAUUCUUGUUUACUCAAACUUUUAUGUAUAUAAUUUUGAUAUUUUGACUCUGA